UAUUACUCCACAAAGUCCAAACUUUUCGACCGCUUCAAAAUCUCCAUUCAUCAUCAAUCUGAACAUCGGUAACUGAAUCCCCCAAAAAAUGAAUCCCUCAGAUUACAGUGACCACCCGCUGCUCCCAACGAUCAAGAUCCACCACCCAUCAUCCCCUCAUCACCCCACCUCCACCGUCACCCCCACCGCCGGCGCCCGCCGCAAGAUCGGCGUUGCCGUCGACCUCUCCGAAGAGUCUGCUUUCGCCGUCCGUUGGGCUGUUCAGGACUACAUCCGGGCCGAUGAUGCUGUCGUCCUCCUCCAUGUGUCGCCCACCUCCGUACUCUAUGGAGCUGACUGGGGCCCACUCCCCCACACCUCACAAAGCCCGGGCACGCCGCAGUCCCAGAAACAACUGGAAGACGAUUUCGAUGCCUUCACGGCGUCGAAGGUUGCGGAUUUGGCCAAACCCUUAAAGGAAGCUGGGAUUCCUUUUAAGAUCCAUAUAGUGAAAGAUCAUGAUAUGAGGGAAAGGUUGUGCCUUGAGGUGGAAAGGUUAGGGUUGAGUGCUGUUAUAAUGGGGAGUCGAGGUUUUGGAGCUGAGAAAAGAGGGCGUGAUGGGAAGUUGGGAAGUGUGAGUGAUUAUUGUGUGCAUCACUGUGUUUGCCCCGUUGUCGUGGUUAGGUAUCCUGAAGAUAAAGAGGGCGGCAAUUGCAAGGCCGCGGUGACGGUUAAGGAGGCCGACGUAGAGGAAGAAGGUGGCAAAGAUGCUUAGGUGAGCUAAGAAUUAUCUGUCUUGAAGAGAAGUGAUGAAAAGAGUCUGUCAGUUGAUGGUUAAAAUGGAUUGAUCCUAGGGUUUUCUGGUCUUUGUACAACUCUUUAACGAUGGUGUUGUUGUACGGUUAACGGGGUUCUUGAUUUGAUUUUUAUGGCACUGAACUGAAGUUAUUUUGCCUGUACUUCGAUACAUACUAUGAGAUAAACCUUGUGUCAACAUUUGGUUUGUGUUUCAGUGAGCUGUUUGUACUU